AUAAAGAGGAGCUUCGAUUUGGAUGAGCCAUCCCGCAAUUCCUCCCUCCCCAAGAAGCUUCUGGGUCCUCUCCGGUUCAAAAUGGGUGGCAAAAACGGAAGCUUUGCCGUUCUCCUGUGCGCCGCGGCGGUGCUGCUCGCCGCUGCUCCGGCGGAGUCGGAAAUCGGAGUGAACUGGGGCACCCGCUCCCUCCACAAGAUGUCGCCGGCCACGGUGGUGGAUCUGAUCAGGGACAACGGGAUACGGAAGGUGAAGCUGUUCGAGGCGGAUCCGGAUGUGCUCGCAGCGUUGAUGGGCAGCGGGAUUGAAGUCAUGGUCGGAAUCCCAAACGAAAUGCUGGCAACCGUUGCGUCUUCUCCGUCCUCCGCGGAUCUGUGGGUUUCCCAGAAUCUGACCAGAUACAUGGUUAAAGGUGGCGUUGAUAUCAAGUAUGUUGCGGUUGGGAACGAACCUUUCCUCGCCAGUUAUUCUGGUCAGUACCAAUCCGAUGUUCUCCCGGCUAUGACAAACAUACAACAAUCUUUAGUCAAAAGAAAUCUUGCAGGGACCAUAAAGCUGGUGGUACCGUGCAACGCAGAUGCCUACGAGUCUCCCUCCUUGCCAUCACAAGGUGCCUUCCGACCCGAAUUGACCCAAAUAAUGACCCAACUUGUUUCCUUCCUCAACUCUAUAGGUUCGCCAUUCAUCGUCAACAUAUACCCAUUCCUCAGCCUCUACGGAAACUCCGACUUCCCUCAAGACUAUGCGUUCUUUGAAGGGACAACCCAUCAAGUAGUGGACGGCCCAAACAUCUAUUACAACGCCUUUGAUGGGAACUUUGACACUUUAGUAUCAGCCGUCUCUAGAAUCGGGUAUGCCCAAAUGCCCAUAGUCAUAGGGGAGGUGGGUUGGCCCACUGAAGGAGCCCUCAGUGCCAACCUAACCGCCGCAAGAGCUUUCAACCAAGGGCUAGUGAACCGUGUCCUUAGAAACCAGGGGACCCCUCUGAGGCCUGGGGUCCCUCCUAUGGACGUUUACCUUUUUAGCCUCCUCGAUGAAGACGGGAAAAGCAUUCUUCCUGGAAACUUUGAGAGACAUUGGGGAAUAUUCUCUUUCGAUGGGCAAGCAAAGUAUAAACUGGACCUGGGCAACGGUCUUUUGAAGAACGCCAAAGAAGUAAAGUAUCUUCCAUCAAGAUGGUGCAUUGUGAAACCUGAUAGAGAUCUUUCAGCUGCGGAUAACCACUUCAGGACUGCCUGUAGCUUUGCCGAUUGCACGACCCUAGACAAUGGUGGGUCGUGUAAUGGCAUUGGGCCAAAGGUAAACAUAUCUUACGCGUUUAACAGUUAUUAUCAGCUGCAAAAGCAGAAUCCUCGGAGCUGUGAUUUCGAUGGGCUUGGGAUGGUCACUUUCUUGGACCCUUCAGUCGGUGAGUGUAGGUUCCUUGUUGGGGUCACCGAUGCAAAAUCUUCAGGUUCGAGGUCACAAAGCAGGUGGGUUAUAGCCAUAUUGAUGACUUUUGGGUGUUUCUGGUUAUCUUUUAUGACCAAUGGAUUUUUCUAGCGGAGAUUGGCAAGCUCCUAAAACAUGAAAGAUACUGCACAGAGAUUAGUACAAGAUUAGAAGUCAGUUCCAGGUCUGGUUGUACAAGAUGAUGUUUGUCUGAUUGGGCAUUGAAUAGGACUAUAGAUUAUGAUUUGUGAUUUGGGAUGAACAAAAGCUAAAUUCCAGCAUGUAAAUUAUUGUAUUAUUGUAGAAUCCAAACACUAUGCAUGUUUGUCUUUUGUCCUAGACUUGAUGCAGUUUGUUGUACUGAACUAAAGAUUCAAGAUUUUG